AUGUCAAAUCUGAGAUGCCUCGUUGUCGGGGCCUCGAUCGCCGGUCCCGCGACAGCCUACUGGCUCGCCAAAACAGGUGCCCAAGUCACAGUCAUUGAACGAUUUUCUCAGCUCCGGACCAAUGGUCAGAAUGUCGACAUUCGCACAACAGGAGUCUCAGUCAUGCGGAUGAUGCCAGGCAUGGAAGAAGCUGUGCGGGCCACUCUGCAGCCCAUGCAUGGCUUUAGUGUCGUCCGCGAGGACGGCUACUCCUAUGGAACCAUGAAGCCCACCGGGGAUCCCAAUCGCCAGUCAUUAAUCUCCGAGUACGAAAUUCUUCGAGGAGACUUGUCGCAGAUUCUUUACGACAUGACCAAGGACCACAAAUCAAUCAAAUAUAUCUUCGGUGAACAAGUUGCCUCGAUUCAGCAGCAACCUGAGUCAAGCAACGGGCCUGUUCGGGUGGAAUUUUUGAACGGAACCCCUUCUACAGAGUACGAUCUUGUCAUCGCUUGCGACGGAGCGACCUCCCGGACUCGGGCUAUUGGUCUUGGAUGCGGCAAACGCGACUACGUCCAUCCCAUGAAUGCCUGGGCAGCGUUCUUCUCCGUGAAACAGGACCUACUCUGCGGAAGUCAAAUCGGGAAUCUAUAUAGUGCUGUCAACGGCCGUGUGAUUGGCGUUGGUCCCGGUCAAAAUGGCGGCAACCUGAUCACCAUGAUGGGAGUCAACCUAGAUGACACGGACACGAACGGCGCCAUGGCCAAUUUCCACGAAGCGAGCAGGUUGGGCACAGAGGCGCUCAAGAAGUUCGUCGCGCGGCAAUUCGAGGGCGCCGGCUGGAAAGCCGACGAGAUUGUACGGGGUAUGAUGGAAGCGGACGACUUCUACGGAAGCGAAUGGGUUCAAGUGAAGCCACCGACUUUGCACAAAGGACGCUUUGUGAUGGUUGGCGAUGCAGGCUAUGGACCUGGUCCCACUGGGACGGGCACUAGCUUGGCCUUGACCGGAGCAUAUCUGUUGGCAGGAGAAGUUGGCAAACAUUCCGGAGAUCUUGCGGCUGCUUUGAGAGGCUACGAGAAGCAGAUUCGGCCGCUUGUCGAGACGAUGCAAAAGGUACCCCCGUUGUUUCCCGGAAUGUUUGCACCGCAGAGCAGAUGGGGGAUCUGGGUGAGAAAUAUGUGUUUCGCCUUUAUCUGUUGGAGUCGUCUGCCGUUUUUGUUGGAGAAGCUGUUCGGGGCUGCUUCUUCCAGUGCAGAUGAGUAUCAAAUACCGGAUUACCAAUGGAAUGAAUGA